UCGCGGAGGGUGAAGCGGUUGACGGGACGAGAGACAGGAGAUGGUCGGGAUCGCGGAGGGGAUGGGGAGGUCCGGAUCAGUUGUGGAGGAGGCGGAGAUGGGGGAUAGUGGAGGGGACGGAGACGAGAGAUGGUCGGGAUCGAGGAAGCUUAAGGCGGGGGGGACGGCGUGGGGUGCGGGCAAUCGGGAUCAAGUCCCGCCCAGGGUGCAGGGGGAGGUAUGGUAUGGGACUGUCGAGGGGGGAGGAGGAGGCAGAGACGGGGUAUGGUCGGGAUCACGGAGAGGAUGGGGAAGUCUGGGUCGGCCGUGGAAGGGGCGGAGACGGGGGAUAGUCAGGAUCGCGGGGGAGAUGAGGGGCGGAGUCAGUGGAGGGGGCGGAGACGGGAGAUGGUCAAGAUCGGAGAAGCUUGGGACAGGAGGGUGGAAAGUGUCGGUGAUGCUCCCCCACCGUAUCAGUCUCCUGAUACGGGGCCCCAAGGGGAGCAAGCUCACUGACGUGUCGCACGUUCACACGUUGGCGCUGUCUUCCGUUGUAGUGAGGUCAUCACUCCGCUUCUUCGGUUGUAUUGCCAAUUAGCGGAUCCCCACCCUCCUCCCGGAACUCCCGCUGCCGCUUGUCGAAUCUACCUUCGUUCUCCCCUCUUGGUCACUCUCCUCCCAUCACCUGAGCCGGCUAUGGCUUGCCCCUUCUUCGUCGUGUCGUCCUCCGUGCCCUGGCGGCAUACGGUCCAUCCUUAUCCCUCGUCCACCACCCCACCAUCCUUCGCGGCAACUCCCCUUGUGCGGUCGCUAGCGCUAUUGCGAUCGUGAGCCUGUCGCGUUGCUUGCACAAAGUAUGAAUGAACAAAAUUGUUGAAGAGUU